UUGUUCAUUCCAAUCAAAACAGCAUUUAAUUUUACCCAAUUAAGGGACCGAUUCAAAACAUUUUUUGUUUAUUUCCGGUUUUGGAGCGGGAACACAUGUGAGCAGUUAGUUGAUGUUAAUCAAGUGUUUACAAUGACAAGAGGUCAUACAGAACUAGGGGACAUAACUCCUCACAACAUCAAGCAGCUAAAGUUGUUGAAUCAAGUGGUGUUCCCUGUGACUUACAAUGACAAGUUCUAUAAAGAUGUAUUAGAAGUGGGAGAGCUAGCAAAACUUGCUUAUUUUAAUGACAUUGUGGUUGGUGCUGUUUGUUGUCGUAUUGAUACAUCUGAUAACCAGAGACGAUUAUACAUAAUGACACUAGGAUGUCUGGCACCGUACAGAAGAUUACAUAUAGGUACAGUUAUGUUAAAGCACGUGUUGAAGAUCUGUGAGGAAGAUGCAAAUUUUGAUAAUGUAUUUCUGCAUGUGCAAGUAAAUAAUGAUGGAGCUAUAAAAUUUUACGAAAAAUUUGGAUUUAAAAUCGUUGAAGAAAAAAAGAACUAUUAUAAAAGAAUUGAACCUGCUGAUGCAUAUGUGUUACAAAAGACAUUCAGAGAAAGUGGCGAACAAAAAGCAAUGGCGAAAAAUUGAACAAAAAAUCUGAAAUAAUUGACAUUUGGAACCCAAAGUCUUUUGUACAGAUGAUAAAACUUUAGACAAGAUCAAUUCUAGAGAAACAAAUUUAAUUGAAACAUGUAUUACUGUUGAAAAAGCCUUAAACCUCUGCCUAGUUAUUGGUUAUAUAAUCCCUGCUGAAUAAACCUAUCUUUGUGGACUUGGCAUUAAAUAUACUAAAAAAAAACUUCAUGAACUAAAUUGGUCUUUCUGUACAUGUGUAUGUGAAAUCCUGAACACUAUAUAUCAAUCAUGACUGUAAGAAUGCAACUUAAACAUACAUUAGUCUAAAUAUUCUUUGUAAAACCAUAGUAUAUGUGCAUGUAUUUUUAUGAUGAACUUGUUAAAUGGGGUGAUGGGUUUUAAAUUUUGGCAUUACAUUUUUAGCUCACCUGACCUGAAAGGUCAAGUGAGCUUUUCUCAUCACUUGGCGUCCGUCGUCCGUCGUCCGUCGUCCGUCGUCCUGCGUCCGUCGUCUGUCGUCCGUCGUCCGUAAACUUUUACAAAAAUCUUCUCCUCUGAAACUACUUGGCCAAAUUUAACCAAACUUGGCCACAAUCAUCCUUGGGGUAUCUAGUUUAAAAAAUGUGUCCGGUGACCUGGCCAUCCAACCAAGAUGGCCGCCAUGGCUAAAAAUAGAACAUAGGGGUAAAAUGUAUAUUUUGGCUUAUAUCUUUGAAACCAAAACAUUUAGAGCAAAUCUGACAUGGGGUAAAAUUGUUGAUCAAGUCAAGAUCUAUCUGCCCUGAAAUUUUCAGACGAAUCGGACAACCUGUUGUUGGGUUGCUGCCCCUGAAUUGGUUAUUUUAAGGAAAUUUUGCAGUUUUUGGUUAUUAUCUUGAAUACUAUUAUAGAUAGAGAUAAACUGUAAACAGCAAUAAUGUUCAGCAAAGUAUGACCUACAAAUAAGUCAACAUGACCAAAAUUGUCAGUCAACCCCUUAAGGAGUUAUUGCCCUUUAUAGUCAAUUUUUAACAACUUUUCGUUAUAUUUUGUAACAUGUACAAAAAAUCUUCUUCUCUGAAACUACAAGGCUAAAUUUAACCAAACUUGGCCACAAUUAUCAUUGUGGUAUAUAGUUUAAAAAAUGUGUCUGAUGACCCCGCCUUCCAAACAAAAUGGCCGACAUGACUAAAAUUAGAACAUAGUUGUAAAAUGCAGUUUUUGAUUUAUAUCUUUGAAACUAAGACGUUAAGGGCAAAUCUUUUAAGAUUUAAAUGUACAUCAGAAUAAGAUCUAUCCCCUCACAAAUUUUCAGAUGAAUCCAACAACUCGUUAUUGGGUUGCUGCCCUAAAAUUGGUAAUUUUAAGGAAAUUUUGCAGUUUUUGGUUAUUAUCUUGAAUACUUUUAUAGAUAGAGAUAAACUGUCAACAGCAAUAAUGUUCAGCAAAGUAAGAUCUACAAAUAAGUCAAACAUGAUCAAAUUAUUAGAGGACCCCUUAAGGAGUUAUUGCCCUUUAUAGUCAAUAUUGAAUAUUUUUUCGUCAUUUUUAUAACUUGUACAAAAAUCUUCGUUCCUAAAACAAUGGGCCAAAUUUAACCAAACUAUGCCACAAUCAUUACUAGGGUAUCUAUUUUUAAAAAGUGUCUAAUGACCCCACCUACCAACCAAGAUGACCGACAUCAGUAAAUACAGUAACAGGUGAGCGACACAGGCUCUUGAGAGCCUCUAGUUUAACUAUUAGAUUGUUUAUUUUCCAUCAUGGUUUAAAAUUGUCUAUGUAUAAAUGUACCUCAUUCUCUCUUAAAUUGGAAAUGAAUUGACUCACGACUACUGUUGAUUGAAUUCUGGUUUAAAAUGUAACAUUUUAUAAGCAAGUACUAAACAUGCUAACGAUUGUAUAUCUUGAUGUGUUUGCAUUUUAUCAAAAAAGAAAAGCCAGAUGAUUGUACAUGUACAAGAUUUUGUGAUCAUGAUGAGAAAACUGUAAAUAAUUGAUGUUCUGCAACUAAAACUAGAUGCUAUCACUUAUACAUAAAUUUGUUGAAAUUGAUGUUCAUGGACACUUUUCUAUUGAUAUUUUGUACUUGUGUUAUUGUAUAUGACUUUAAUUAAUUGGUUUUUCACUUUUCAUUGAUUGAAAAAUAUAUUUAA